AUGCUCUUCAUCUUUGUUUCUCUCGGCAAGUGGAUAGAGUCCAAGGCCAAGGGUAACACGUCUACGGCGCUUUCCAAGCUCUUGUCCCUAACACCGUCCAUGUGCACUAUUCUCGAAAACCCGGACGACCUGAGCUCGAACCAGAAAGACAUAAGCACCGACCUGCUGCAGAAAAACGACGUGGUGGUGCUCCACCCCGGCGGAAGAGUGCCGGCCGACGGCGAGUGCAUUUACGGGUCCUCGGAGGUCGACGAGGCGCUCUUGACGGGAGAAAGCGUUCCUGUGGUCAAAAGAAUCGGCUCCAAGCUGUACGGCGGAUCCAUCAACGUCGCGUCGCCCCUGUACAUGCGUGUCGAGGUCAUUGGCGAGAAAACGCACCUGUCGCAGAUCGUCAAGCUAGUGAGAGACGCCCAGGUCACCAAGGCGCCGGUCCAGAAAUAUGCCGACGUGAUCGCCAGCAAGUUUGUCAUCACUAUCCUGGUUCUGUCGCUGGUCACGUUUGUCUUCUGGUGUGUCUACAUCUUCUGCCAGCCUGUCGACGACGUGCCGGCAUUUUUCGUCGACAGCGACACGGGGAACGUUGUUUUCUCGAGGAUUUUGCAGAUCGCCAUAUCUGUGGUCGUCGUGGCGUGUCCGUGUGCGCUCGGGCUGGCCGCGCCGACGGCCGUGAUGGUUGGAACCGGCGUGGGGGCCACGAACGGAAUUUUAAUCAAGGGCGCCGACAUACUGGAAAAAGCAAGCGGGAUCAACUGCGUUGUUUUCGACAAGACGGGCACGAUCACGUCGGGCAAAAUGCGGGUCUCGAACUACCACUUCAUCGGCGACAUGGACGAGAAACUCCUCUGGAGCAUCAUUCAUGCCGUAGAGCACGACAGCGAGCACCCCGUGGGCAAAGCGCUGGUUUCUGGAGCCUCUGGACGUGCCUCGUCGCUUGCUGUCGAGGCCACCAAGGUGCACAACAUCGUGGGUCUUGGAUUAGAGGCCCAGAUCAGGCUGCAAGGCCAGGACCUUGAUGUUGCCAUAGGAAACGGCCAGCUGAUGAAGGAGAAAAAAAUCGACAACGCAGCCGACUUUCUAGAGUGCUGCAAGCGUCUCAACAACCCGCACAUCUCCACCUUCUCGCACGUUCUUGUCAACAACAAGUACGUCGGCUACGUGGAGCUGGCCGACACGCUCAAGGCCGACGCGGCGAGCACCGUUUCUGCGCUCAUCGACCGGGGCUUCACCGUUGCCAUGGUGACCGGAGACAACGUGCAGACUGCGCGCACCGUUGCGCAGGCCGUGGGGAUCCCGCUGACCAACGUUUUCGCGCAGGCGCAGCCGGACGACAAGCUGCGCGUGGUCGAUCAGAUGCAAAAACACGGCCUCAAGGUUGCGUUUGUCGGCGACGGCCUCAACGACGCACCGGCACUGAUACAGGCCGACCUGGGCAUGGCUAUUGCCGCCGGCACCGACAUAGCCAUCGAGGCCGCAGACGUGGUGCUGCUCUCCUCUGUGCAGCCGGACGACGACGACGACGGCAUCCCGAUGCAGGAGUACGGCCGCAAGGACGGCACCGCAGGCAUUCUCGCCGCGCUGGACAUUUCGCAGCGCACGUUCCGCAGCAUCAAGACCAACUUUUUCCUGGCCGUGGUGUACAAUCUGGUCAUGCUCCCAAUUGCGAUGGGCCUUUUAAUCAUUCCAUGCGGGCUCACCAUGAACCCGAUGAUUGCGUCGGCGGCGAUGGCGUGCUCCUCUGUGAGCGUGGUUUUCAACUCGCUACGUCUCAAGAGCUGGAAGAUGCCCGUGCUGGACAGCACCCGUGUUCCCGAGGAGCGUGUCGACUGGGCAGACGACCAGGUGCUUUCGUCGAUGGACGUCGAGAAAAUGGACGUCGUCGACAACACGCGGGCCAGCUGGCGCACCCGGCUGCUCAACCGGUUCAAAUCCCCGUACGAGAGACUAGACUAA